UGUGAAUAAACAAAAGAAGCAAUAGACAACUGUACCAGGCCUAACUUAAGAACACAUAUUAUUAUGUACGCCAGAGGUUUCUGAAAAGUGGGGUGCAGAUCUUUGAGUUGCAGGUGAAAUACCCAUUUCCAAUCAACUCAACCGGUGUUGUGCGGUGUUCUGUCUUUUUUGCUUUUUGAGGGGAAGUGGGGGUGAGAGAUCUGUGGACGUAGACUCGACCUUCAUACAUAUAUAACUCGACAUGGCUUCGAAACUGUUGUUGAUUACGGUCUUCAUUUUCGAUCUCAUUGCCUUCGCUUUGGCUGUUGCAGCUGAGCAGAGAAGAAGCACUGCUGUAAUCAAGCAGGAUUCUGAAAUAAAUUAUAAUUACUGUGUCUAUGACUCCGACAUUGCAACUGGCUAUGGCGUUGGUGCAUUUUUGUUUCUCAUGGCUAGCCAAGCCCUUAUAAUGGUGGCAAGUAAAUGCUUCUGCUGUGGCAAGCCUUUGAAUCCUGGAGGUUCAAGGGCUUGGGCAGUUAUGCUCUUCAUCACCUGCUGGGUAUUUUUCUUCAUCGCCGAGGUAUGCUUGUUGGCGGGUUCAGUGAGGAAUGCAUAUCACACAAAGUACAGGACUGUUUUCAGCGACAAUCCUCCUGAUUGCCAGACAUUGAGGAAGGGAGUUUUUGGUGCAGGAGCAGCUUUCACAUUCUUCACUGCUAUAGUUUCUGAGUUAUACUAUAUUUGCUACGCCAAAGCCAGAGGCAGCUUCCAGCCAUACGGCGGAGAAACUGGCGUGGGUAUGGGAACCUACAAAUAAAUAAGGAUGUUUAAGGUGGUGUAAUGUAACGUGUAUAGGAGUGACUUCCUGGACUCUCUGCAUCAAUUUCCCUGCCAACAGUUGCAUAUAUAGUUUGCGUUUAGAGCUUCAAUUUAGUUUGUGAAGACUCAGAUUAUCUUUAUAUCUUCAUUGAUGUUCCAGUUUUCUUCAUCAUGAUGUGAAAUUUUAUGGGUUUUUUAUACAUAAAAUUAGUAGAAGACAAUUGUUUGCGUAUCAA